AGUUUGAGCAAAGGCCAAAACCUUUCUCAGAAGUUAAAAACCUUCCCCUCCGUCCCUUCGAGCGGUUCAGCUUCUUAAAACCUGUGUCACUCUCUCUCUAUGGCGUCGCAACCCGGAAGAGGCGGAGUUUCCCUGCCGGAGAGGCGGGCACCGAAAAGCGAAUCCAACGGCAGCAUAAUCUCGAAGCUGAGCGGUUCCCCCAUCGUGUCGCGGGGCAGGCAGGCAGCUAGCGACGCCGUACUCGUGACCAGGAAGCUCCUGAAGAGCACGGGCAAGGCCGCGUGGAUCGCCGGUACGACAUUUCUGAUCCUGGUAGUGCCUCUCAUAAUCGAGAUGGACCGUGAGCAACAGAUGAAUGAGCUCGAGCUCCAACAGGCCAGCCUCCUCGGCACCCCGCCCCAGCCCCAGAAGUGAACCGAAACAAACGAGUAUCGGGUCUGUUUGGCGACCAUUGGGUACUGAUCUUCAACUUAAUCUGUGAGUCUAUCAAGGAUGUGUCGAUUUAGAGAGAGACAGAUAGAAAUAAUUUAAAAGGAUUGUAUGCUCUAGGGUUUGGGAUAUUGCCUAUAAUUUAUGAUGUUAGAACUAGGAGGUUUUGUUUUUCUCUUUUAAGUUAUAAAAUAUCGCCAUACUAUUCUCUGUU